CUGCAAACAGGUUAUGUAAUAUGACUUGCCUCCUCAGAAUCUUCCUCUUGACCUCUGACCUCUGUAGGUAUUUCCUGCCGAGUUGUUUUGGCAUGUGUGUAGUGCAGAAAACAGACACUGAAUACAAAGAAAUCUUGACGAACCGACAUGGAGAAGUUGAGCUUGAUUUUUGGGGCGAUUUUAAGUGUGCUCAUUGGGGUGGAGUCCUCUGCUCAGUGGAGGGUGACAGACUUCCCUCACCCUGUGUACCAGGCCAAGCAGUGCGGCCGCAAGGAGGCGUCGUGGAUCUGUGACCCCAAUGGCAUCAUCUCUACACAGGACGCUGAUGCUAUACAGCAAACUGUCAAAGAAACAUACGACUCGACUCAGUGCCCGUGCCCAGAAUGUGCAGCCAACAAUCAGGGUUACGUCAUAAUGGUAGCCAUUAUGCCCCGGAUGUACAGAAUUGUCAAUCGGUCCGCCAAUGUCCAGGACGUGCUGUAUGAUGCACGUGUGUACUCCUACUACCUCAGUCAGUUCUGGAACGUGACCACGUGUGACACCAAUACCCUGCUCCUGUACUCCAAGGAUGACGACAUUACUUACGUCAUGACGUGGAGGAAUGCCCGCCGGCUGUUGGACGACACCAAGGUUCGAACCAUCACCCUCAACAACCGCCAUUAUUUCGAUGACUCCUCCAACCAGGAGAUGAUAGGAAAGGGUCUCAGGAAUAUGGUGAAAAACAUUAGUGAAGUUUUUAAGGAGAAGGCUCCCCGGCGUGUAAGCAGCAAGAAGUAGCCCCAUGUACUUACAACUAAUUAAUCUACACGUGUUGUUGAUAUAUUGAAGGGCUAUUCUCUGUGUUAAUUCAAUUCCUGAUAGUUCGAUAAAUGCGGAUGUCAGUUGUCUAUCUUGUCAGUGUUAUGGCUAUCAUAAAUAAAUGUAUACAGUUAAUAA